AUGUACGUUCCACCUUUUUCACCUCGCUAUAAUGAACAGUUUGAAAAAACUACAUGUAAUUCCCAUCCAAACACCUUUAACAGCGGUACGUAUACACAAGGUAUUUCAAACCAUAGGUCAUAUGCUGCAGUAGUGGCAGCAAAUGGCAAGCAGGAGCAUGACAAGAUGGGAAAAGACUUUCACAGAAGUAACAAACGUAAACAGCGUUGCUCAUCGGAGCGACUACUGCACGAUGAGUCAUUGUCGUCGGAGUCAUGCAUGUCGGAUGGCGGGGAGCGCUUAUCCGUCGCUGACGGCGUGCGCCCGGCUACUGAGGUAGCGAAGGGCGAUUACUACUAA